UCAGUGGUUAUGCGUCUGCCUUGGGGCUCAAACUGGGGCUCAAACUCAUGCCCCUGGACCAACAAGAGCCACGUGCUCUUCUGAGCCAGGCAGAUACCCCUAACUAUUAACUUUUGGGUAUGCCCAUUCAGUAGUUCCUGACUUAGCACAUCUGGCUACCUAUGAAGAAUCUGUUUCCAAUGUAGGUUACAUUGGCCUGUUGGAAUAAACUGAGUUUCUCAUAGUCUCUGAAGCAAGGAUCCGUUUCUAAGGCAGUUGGUGCUAGAGUGCGUUAACUUUGCAGAGCAGUAGGCUCCUCUCAGCUCAGUGCUUGCCAGAAUGUGGAUACCAGGUCUUGAACUGUGUACUUGGGAAACCGUUUUUACCGUUUGCCAGGAACGACAUUAAAUGCUGAAGACAAAAAAGAGCAAAAAGACAGAAUUCCUGCUCUCUUGGAGUUAGAAUCUAGAGUAGAGAAGCUUAACUAUAGAGAUGAUUAGUUAUAAUUGUGAUACGUACUACAAAGAAAAAGUGGUUAGUCAUUAUUUCUAUUUUCCAUUGUUCAAAUAUAUAUUAAGGCUGUUAAGGCUCAGAUUAAUUUGCUAAAUACGAGGGCUAUAAUGGUGAGCAAAAUACCAAGACCCCAUACAGGUUUCGAGGGGGAUAGAUUAAUAUCCAGUUAAUUGAUCCAACUAUCAUAAAAAAUGUGCUGAAUGCUUUGAAGGAAAGGUAUGGUCCUGUAAGAGUAGCCCCUGAUCACCGUUUUUUUCAAAUUGAGUUUUGUAAUGCAUUUAGGUAAAAUAGAAAAUAUAUAGUAGCGAUAGGAAUUGUUACUCAGUUUACAUAUGUUUAUGGUGGGUCACAAAGCCAAAUGUAUUUCAUACUAUGGGUCACAAUAAAAAAGAAAUCUUAAAAGCCACUGUACUGGGUAGAUCCUAUCCAAGUUUGGGGGUUGGAUCAGGAAAAGCUUUUGAGGAAAUGAUGUUUCAGCUGAACUAUGAAGAAUGAACAGCUAUAAACUAGUACAGAGGAGACAAGACGAAGACAGAAAUUUGGAAUAGCAUAUGCAAAAGGCCUGUGUUGGGCCAAGAGACCAAAACAAUUGAAGACUAGCAUAGCAAGAGUAAGGAGGGGAGGUAGUAGUGGCCAGACACUGCAGGGCUUUGGAAGCCCUUAUCAGGAGUUUGGGUUUUAUUCUGAGAGCAGCUGGGAACUUUUAAUCAGGAAAUUGGCUUAGUGUUCUGUUUUGAAAUGAUUGCUUUUGUCCCAAUAUAUGAAACAGACUUAUAAUAUUAGGGCAUAAGAGGAUACAUGGACACUGGUUAACCAAGUGAGAGAUAAUGGGGGCUUGGACUCGCUUGUUAGCAGUGGAGAUAGCAUGAAAUGGUUGGAUUCCAGAGAUUUAAGAGAGAAACAUGACAGGGAAUUGAGAUGGGCUGUGGUGAAGAAGAAAGUAUCGGGCAUGAGUUCUCAGUUUGUAUACCUUCGACAUCCCUUGAGACAAGGAAUCCUGGAGGAGGAGGAACAGUUUGGGUGAGGGGGAAAUCAGGAGUUCACUUUGGAUAUGUAGAGUCUGAGGCAUCCUUGAGGACAGUCUUGGAAGAGAUGCCUUGUAGGCAGUUAUUAUGAGUUCAAUCUCGGAGAACAACUAGAGAAUCUAAUAUGUGAGUCAUCGGCACAUAGGUUAUUGACACUAUGGACAAGGAUGAAGUCAUUUAGAGAGUACAGUGGAGAUCUUUAAAAAAUAGUACCAAUAUCAGUGUCUGGGCUCCACGUAGACCAGUUACCACAACCUCCACUUACCCUGCCUCUCGCCUCUAGACUCUGACUCAGCCCAAUGAGCACAGACCCACGGAGGGGUCCUGGAUUAUGCAGCCUGCUGAAGCAUGCACAGACUGGCUUUGCCAGCAUCCCUGCUCCCCUACCCUCAGCCCACACCUUUAGAUCCUUCAGGGCUUUCUCCACUAUCUACUGAAUGGAGUCAGUACUCAGGUCCCUUCCCAGCUCUACCCCAGUCUUCAGUGACUGCACGCUCCUUCCCAGCAAAACUAUCUACUUGAGUCACACAGGUGGUCUCCCCCUCACUCUGCCCUGCCUCUGUUCCCUGUCUCAAGCUGGAGUUACCCUCUCCACUCUACCUUUUCCUGCUCACAGGCCGUUCCCCUACCCUGAAGGUCCAUCCUUGCUGAAGCUCCCUCGACCCCGAUAAGGCCUAGAAUACUUUCUUUCCUUUGAAGACUAUCAUCACUUCAUGAUCUGUACCUCUCAUUUUCUGUUUAGCAGAGAUGACUGUCAGAGAAUGCCAAAACUUGCUAACUUUCCUAUAUCUCCUACAACUCCCUAUCCUUAGAGGUCUCCUGUUGGAACAGGCUGAUGGGGCAGAUAACUUACUGACCACUCUGCCACUUGUCUGAUCCUGUAGCAUAAAGAACCGCUCCCAGUGUGCUGGGAAACUGUCUCCGGGCAUGGGGUGGAGAAGCGUGUUGAGGCUUAACAUACAGUAAGACCCAGACAGGAGUGGGCAGACAGCGGAGAUGAGGGAAUUAAAGUAUUUGCCCGUCUGGCCUCAUUUGACCUCUCUGCACUCAGAUUACUUACUCUGCCUCCUCACAUGAUGUUCCCCUGUGGGCAUGGGGAUGACCCAGUGACCCCUCGCAACAGGGCUUUGCAACGUCCUGGUAGGGAUGACAUUGUGUUAAGCCAGAGAUACUCCCUGGUUGUGUCUCCCUGAUAAGCCCUGAUUGUUUGCAAAAUGCCAGACUGUGGUCAGAAUCUUUAUUUAAUCUGGUUUAGAAUACAUUACAAAUCCCUGGUGGUUGUGAACAUUAUUAAACUAGCAGACACAUAACUUGAUCUUAGACUAAAGGCCCAGAGUCUAUGUGUGAAUGAAUUUUUAAUUCUUAGAUUUCAGCUUUAGUAGUAGAUACUGUUGACUAAUGCUAAUUGACUUUCUCACCAACAGUGCAGGAGAGUUCCAGAUGUCCACUUCCUCAUCAACCCUUGAUAUUGUCAGGCUUUUUUUUUUUUUAAUUUUAAUCAUUUACGUGUGUGUGUGUGUGUGUGUGUGUGUGUGUGUGUGUGUGUGUGUGUGUGUGUUGGUAUCUCAUUGUUUUGUUUUGCAUUUCCCCAAUGACUAAUGAUGUUAAACGACUUUGAGGUUUAUUUGGAUGUCUUCUUUCAUGAUGUGCCUCUUAACAUCUCUUGCCUAUUUUUGUACUAGGUCUUUUUUUUUUCUUUAUUGCUUUGUGUAUAUCAGGUAUGAAUCCUUGGUCAGAUAUACAUGCUGCAAAUAUCUCUUCCCAUUCUGAUUUAUGUCUUUUGUUGUUUGUUUGCGUGUCUUUGUUUUUGUUUCUGUUUUGUUUCAUUGUUUUUUUUACUCUCUUACUGACAUCUUCUGAUGAGUGGAAGUUCUUUAAUGUAACACAAUUUGUCAGUGUUUCGCUUCAUGGUUGUCUUUUCUGCAACCUGCCUAAGAAAUGUUUACCUAUUCUAAAGCCAUGAAUAUAUUCCCCUCUCUUAUCUUCAAGCUUUAUUUUACCUUUCACAUUUAGAUCUACAGUCUACCCGGAACUGAUUUGUGUACAUGAUGUGAAGUACAGGUCAUGAUUUUUUUUUUUCUAGGUGGAUAUCCAGUGUGCCAUUUACUGAAAAGACAUUUGUUUUUCUUAUGUUCUGCAGGACCAAUUUUGUCACAAGUUAAGGAUCUGUAUAUGUAUGGAUCUGUUUCUGGACUUUCUUUUCUGUUUUAUUGGACUUUUUGUAAGUCCUCAUGUUAGUACCACACUGACUUAAUCCCUCUAACUUUAAACACCAGCCACUUUACCUUUUCUUUCCCGGCUGUGUGGGGCUCAGCUAAGUCAGCACUCAAGAGAGUGGUGAGGUCAUCUGAGACCAAGCCUGGUCCUCAGGACUGUGCUCUCUCCCUGCUACCAGGCAGCCUGCCCCAGCCCUGCUCAGCCAUCGCCACACUCCUCUGACAGAAUGAAUGCCCUUGACGGCGUCCCCUUCAAGGUGCCCAAUGGCUUUGUGAUAGGCACAAAGUCUCUUCCUGGGCCAGAGCUCAGCAUCCCAGCCUGCAGGGAGCUUCUGCUGGGUUCUAUGCACGACUUCAGCCUGGAGAGGAGGGUGCUCUUCUGGGUGGAGGCUGUCAUCCGGGGACCCUGCCCUGUCCAAUGCGACGCCCUGGGAAUGGCAUCGGCCCCUCCGGCCUGGCUCUUGCUGGUGGGCUCAGAACCUGAGCCGGUGCCCGUACCAGCUGCAGACACCGUCCCUGAGGCCAGACCCCAGCUGCAGCUAGAACAGGAGGGGGAGAAAGAGGAGGAGGUCAAGGAAGAGGAGGAGGAGGAGGUGGAAGAGAACCAGGGGGAGGCCCACGUAGAGGAAGAAGCCGCCUCUGCCAACGAGGAAGAGCCAGGUCCCUGCAGCCCCCUGUCCAGCUCCCCUGCGAGCGCUGGCCCGGGCCAUCCCCGGUGCUCGCUGGACUUGCUGCGCGGCGUGAAGUCGGAGCUGGCUGGGGCGCGGCGGCGGCUCUCGGAGGGCCGGCUGUCCGCUCGCCCCCGCGCCCUCCUGCACCGCAUCCGCCACCGGGCGCUGAGCCUCUGCCCCAGUCCCGCGCCGAGUCCGGGCCCGGUGCUGCCCGCGGGCCCUGCGCCCAUGCUCCCCAGCGCCCCCGCGCCGCCCCCGCGGCCCUCCACGGCUGGCGCCAUGCCCCCGCUGCGGAGCCACAAGCCCACGGUCGCGUCCCUCAGCCCCUACAUCUGCCUGCCACCUCUUGGCGGAGUGCCUCAGCAUCUCAGCACCUGCAGAUCACACCCCGCUUCUGCUGACCUGCUGUCUGCCCUGAGCCAGGAGGAGCAAGACCUCAUCGCGCCCGUGGUCGCCCUGGGGUAUCCCCUGCAUAGGGCCAUCACGGCUCUGCAGAAGACAGGGCGGCAGAGCCUGAGCCAGUUUCUCAGCUACCUUAGUGCCUGUGACCGGCUGCUGCGGCAAGGCUAUGAGGAGGGGCUGGUGGAGGAGGCCAUGGAGAUGUUCCAGUUCUCCGAGAGCCAGGCAGGGGAGUUCCUGCGCCUCUGGGAACAAUUCAGUGCCAUGGGCUUCCAGCAGGACCGGAUCAAGGAAGUGCUGCUGGUCCACGGCAACCGCAGUGAGCAAGCGCUGGAGGAGCUGGUGGCCUGUGCCCAAUGAGCACUGGCACAUUCCACAAUGCCUGUGCAUCCCAGUCCUGGGCCAGACCUGGCAAUCCAUAGUGACUGGAUUAGUAAGACUACAUAAGAGGGGAACCUGGCUGGCUAAGUUGGAGGAGUAUGUGGCUCUUGAUCUCAGGUUUGUGAAUUUGAGCCCCACAUUGGGUGUUGAGAUUACUUUAAAAAAAUACACAAA